AUGAUGAUCGUCGGAGUUAUCGAUUCUGGCGUGUGGCCCGAAAGCAAGAGUUUCAGAGAUGACGGGAUGGCCGAGAUUCCUAGAAGGUGGAAUGGCAUAUGCCAGGCGGGACAAGACUUCGACCUUUCUAUGUGCAACAAAAAGCUUAUCGGGGUAAGAUAUUUCAAUAAGGGCGCUCUAGCUAAACGAUCUCCGAACAAAACCCAGAGCAUGAACUCGGGAAGGGAUACCAUGGGGCACGGUACGCACACCACAUCGACCGCUGCCGGGAAUGAAGUCACCGGAGCUUCAUUUUUCGGGUAUGCACCGGGAAAGGCAAAAGGAAUCGCAACUCGUGCUCGGGUGGCAAUGUACAAGGUUCUCUAG